AUGAAGUCUCUUCCUUUCGUUUUGAUGCUCUGCCUUGCUGCCGCCGAAUCCCCCCAUAUCACAGAUACGUCCAUCGCGCCCAACUCGUCCACCACGCCGGCGCCACCGACACCGUCUGGAGGACCCAUCUGCGAAUGCGGCUUUACAUACUGCGCAUCAGUCCUCAUUGCUAUGAAGAAGCCCUGGACCACCAAGCAGCUCGCGGAGGCGUACUGCGCCACCCCAAACGCCGUGUGCAACAACGGAAAGCCAAACACUAGUGUCAACUCGGCGCUGUAUAUCUGUCUGUGCGAUGACCCCGGACAGAAGCUCGGCACGCACCUGGACUUGCUGUGCGACUGUGACAAGUGCUUGGUUGUUGGCCCGGAUUUCAGAGGGAGGUGCGAAACGCCGUGCCAUUCUGGGCAGUGCAAGAUCUGA